GCCCCCAUACUCCCCCAGCAAUAGCACCGGUGAAAAAGCUGAACACAAUGGACAUUGACGAACCGAUUCUAGCAACAGGCGAUGUCCGCCCUCCUCCACCAACUUCCAUGCGCGUCCUUAACUGCGUGUCCACGAACAUCACCCCACUCCUUACCGUCCUCCGCUCAAUCGGGUUCAUGCCCCGAGCACUCGUACGAAUCUCCUCGUCAGGCAUGAAGUUUUCCGUCGAGAAUUCGCGCGCUCAGCAAGCUCUUGCUUUCCUUGACAAGACAAUGUUCUCGACAUACGAGUAUGUCCCACCUAUCGCCACUUCGCGUCCAUCUACAGCUGGCUCUUCUCUGUCGCAAGAGGACGAAGAAGUGCGCCAGCCGCAUGCUCAAUUCACCAUCUCGCUCUCUGCCAUGCUCGAAUGUCUCCAAAUCUUCUCCGCUGACGCUCGUGACCGUCCACGCGUCGCACCACAAGUCAAUGCUACCGACGCAAUGAUUCUUCGCAGCGGUACAUGCCGUAUGGUCUACGAGGGCGAAGGGUCGUCAUUUAUCCUGAUGAUGGAAGAAGGCGGUGUUGUAACCACGUGCGAACUCACAACAUACGAACCGGAGGAGCAGCUGGACAUCUCUCUGGCCGAAGGAGGCCUGGCGCAGAAGAUCAUCAUGAAGGCGGAAUGGCUGCACGAUGCAAUUCAAGAAUUGGAGACAACUUCACCGGAGGUUAUCACCAUCCGUUCUUCACCUCGCCGACCUCACUUUCGCCUCUCGUCUCGUGGUUCACUGGGGUCAACAGAGAUGGACUACCCUAAUGACCGGACUGUAUUGGAAACAUUCAUCUGCCCUGAGCUCAUUGAGAACUCGUACAGAUUUACGAUGAUACGUCAUGCAAUCAAGGCAAUGAGUCUUGCAACAAAGGUGUCUGUGAGGGCGGACGAAGACGGAGUGAUGAGCAUGCAAUUCAUGAUCGAUGUCGGAGAGGGACACUUUAGCUUCGUUGACUUCAGGUUCCUGCCAGAACUGGAAGACGAGAACGAGAGAGGAAACGAAAGUACGCAACUGUGAGGGAGCAGUAUGGACAAUCAGGACAACAAGCGUUAUGUUUGAUUCAAGAUACCUGGUAUAUUUGGCUAUGAUACUGUCGAGAUGAGAAACUUAUCCUUCUACGAGCACUGCUGUCCAUACC